AACCAUGCUCGCCCCAUGGCUGACCCAGCUCCCAUGGCUGAUCCACGCUGGGCCCCCGUGGCCCCCGGUCGCCCUGCAGAAAACGCUGGCCAGCGAGGCCUGGCAGAUGGACCCCCUGCGAGCCAAUUUGCCCAGGAAGUGCGAAAACCGAUAUUGGGUCGAUGAUGCUUGCCGUUCACCCUUACAUUCACCCCGUUUUCGCGUUUGUAGCGAAGCAAGCCGUGCGGACAGCAACGAGUUUUGGUGUGAUGAUUAUUCAGUGGGCAGCGGCUAUUGCCCGGUCUACCCGCCGCAGAACAUAGAGGUGGUCCUGGCAAACGAGUCAAAAUUGAAGCUGCCCUCCAGAACGGAUCAUUGUAUGGCCAUGGCAAGGCUGGCCAACCAGUCUCAUAUGUUCCUUUGCCCAUUGCGUGUACCCAUUGCUGUGAUCUUGAACCCGAAGGCUGGAAUGAAUUCAGUAAGUACCUGGCUGCAGUUCAUGGUGACCAAGCACAAGCACUACCGCUUGUUCACAGAGUUGUUUGACCUCUGGGAAGGGAGGAAAUCAGUCAGCCAUUGGCUUUGGAGUGAUGCCGGCCUGGGAUCCAGAAUAAGCCGCAAACUGCCCCUACUGCGACGAAAAGCAUUGUUGAGGAGAUUAUUUUUCGAACUCCGAAUUUCCGACAGGGUCGCGCGGGUCGCCUGGCAUGUGUCGAAGAUCCUGUUGCCCCCAGCUUGGUGUGUGCCAUGUUGCGAAGCAGCACAAGGCCGCUUGGUGCUUUUGCUUGUGCGGAACCCGUUCCGCAGAGUACAAAGUUGGUUCAGGCAUCGCUGGUUGUCCAACCGUAAAAAGGCUCCUUACAACACGUGGAAUGAAUUUCCAGAAUUCUUGCGUAGACUUGCUGCUCACAAGAUCCCGCACGUUAGGGCCCCGUCAGAGAGGCCGAGUUUCUGGGAGAAAACGUUUGUAAAGCCUCUGGACCGGCUGGAUUUGGUUCACACCCUGUCCUUUGACGACAUCAUGCAGGACCCUCACUGGACCAACGAGGCGCGAAAUGCCAUGCGCACGCGUAUCUUUCCAAUGAGGAUGGAACGGAUCGACAAAGAUUUUCUUCACCUUCAAGACGUUCUGUGCCGAAGUUUCAGCUACUGCCGCCCAUUGCCAUCCUUACCGAAGGUGGUACCACAUGGCAGCACAGGGAGAGGCUACAUGCCUCAAACGCCCCCUCCAGUGCAGGAGCUGUGGACGUCGGAAGCACAAGAAAUCGUUCGAACCAUGUUCCAAUCAGACUUCACAGAAUUGGGCUAUUCCCAGGACUUGCAGACUGAAAAGCCGCUGGAAUGGCCACGGGUGUGGCAGAAGUUCACUCACAGCAGUUGGAUGACGCAGUGGCAAACAAGUUCUGCUGGUCAGAUCGGGAGGAUGAAAUGGUCUCAAUAUGCAAACGGCACUUUGCACCUCCUUUUUGCGGACACCCAAGCAGUACACUUAUCAUGUUUCUCGCCUAUCCCGGGCUGGAGAAUGGCGCCAGGCAUUGCAAUUGGCGAAAUCACUCCGAAAGACCUCUUCUUGGUGAAGUCUUUCGGUGCCGAAUUGCUGGCCUGCGCAAAGGGAUCCAUGUGGACGCUUUCAUUGUCGAAGUUGGACGAGAUGAAGAAUUUGCACAUUCAACCGAACAUGGUCGUGUGGAGUGAAAUUGUGGCAUCAGUAGCUGCCGAACGACACUGGAGGAUUGCUUUGGACUUGCUCAGACGAGCAGAGGCUGUGGGUGCCCACCCUGAGGUUGUGUACAACAGUGUCAUGACAGCAUUUGGAGGAGAUUGGCAAAAGGCAGUUCUGGUGCUUGAGGCCUCAGCCUCGAAACGCUUGCAGCCGUCAGUAGUCAGCCUCAAUUCCAUCCUUUCUGCUUGUGCUGUUGCCGCGAACUGGGCAAAGGCUGCAGGGCACCGUGGUGCGGGCAAACCACGACAUCGCUGUUGCCAGUCGAAACGGCCAAUGGCGAAAGUGCUUAUUUUUGCCGUCCCCUCAGUGCCAGCUGAGCUCUUCGGUGGUCUGCCAAAAGAAGAUAGUUCACUGAUCACCGAGGGUAGGGUUCUCCGGUUGUCCUCAUGUUGUGCUUUGGAGAUCUUUGGAGUCUUUUCAGCCUGCAUCGCAGGUUUGGACUGGUGCAACGGGCUGCACCUUUUGGCUAUAGCCGAUACCUCCACCACCUCGACUGGCAGGCGACUGCUGAGUGCAGUGAACGCCGCGGCAGCAGUGUGCGGCGGCCUGCGGAGCAGCUCUGGUGUCACAUCGCCGCGAAAGAUACAAAAUUCUCAAAACACUCCAAAGUGGACUCAGUGGACUCAAAAGCAUGAAAAGUCUCAAGAGUCAAACUGGCAUUGGUCAUUGGAGCUCUUGCAAUCUGCGGUCAAAGCAGAAGUGAAGCUGGACAUCGUGGCUUUCAAUGCGAUGGUCGGUGGAAGUGGUGCAAGUUCUGGAUGGCAACAAGCAGUGAACCACUUCUCAGCUUUGCAAAGACAUGGCAUGUUGCCAGAUAGGAUUACGUUCUCGACAUUUCACGUUAUUCCCUGGCAGGGCGCUUUGCAGCUUACACAUGACAUGAUCAGACAAAGCUUGCGCGGCGACUCACAGCUUUCCAUGCUGAAGUCUGCUGCUGCUUCUGCAGAAGCUGCGACCAACCCAGGCUCGGAUUUAUGGACAAAGGCGCUGUACCUGUGCAGCUUCGAUCUGGGCAAAGCGGAAGCGGACAAAGUGGACAAAGGAGACAAGGUCUCCCUCUCUUUGCAUCGUUCUGUCCUUGGGGCAUGCGCUGCUGCAGCUAGCUGGAGUCAGGCAGUGAUUGCCUUUGUGGAGACAGCCCCUGCGGCUGCGCGCAAAGACAAUUUGAGUUUCUUGGCAGCCAUCAAGGCAUGUGCGCGGGGACAGCAGCACUCGUUCACCCAGCAAAUGUUGAAGACCAUGGAGAAUUUGAAGGUGGAGAAAACAAAGGAGAUCUACACAGCUGCAAUGGGGUCUGCCAAUGAUGCCUUUGGGCAAGGACUCGAAGGUGGCUGGGAAUGGUCUUUGACUUUGCUGAGGGAAAUGCGCAGCACUGAAGUGGAGGUAGAUGCUGUUGCCUUGGGAGUGGUGCUUUCAGUAUGUUUGCGAGCCCGUUGCUGGGAAGUUGCGUUGCAACUUGCUGAUCUUGCGAUGGACUCAGGAUCGCUUCUAGCAAGCACAGGGGCAGCUGCAGUGAUCGCAGGCGCUGGGCAGAUCGUGGCAAAGAUCGCUGGCAUGUUUCGAAGGGCUGCCGUCCAAGCUUCGGACCACCGUCGUGACCGUCAACCCGGCGAUCAACGCUUUCUCUUACGAGUCGAACCCGGCGUUGCUGGCUAUGCGGCAUCACUGGAUGGAUGCUGCCACGGUCGUGGGUGGCGGUUGGCCUUGUCCCUGGGUCUUCGAAUGGACCGAGAUCGAGCUCUUCGAGUCUUUUCAAGCAGUUCUGACUGGCGUCUGAAGGGUGAUUUGACCUCUCUGAACAGCACAAUGACAGCUUGCCGGAAUGCUGCCCGCACCAUUCUCAACGAUCUCUGCGCUCAGCGUCUUGCCGAGCUUGAUGGGGUUCUAUCUGAAGCGUCCUUGGACGUCAUAAGCUUCAAUAUCACAGCUGGUGCAUAUGCGUCGUCGCACUCUUGGCAGAAUGCAGUGGCAUGUCUGAAGGAGAUGUGCAAAGCAACGCUUCGUCCAACGUCGGCAACGUUCAACACCCUUAUGACUGCGUGCGAAAAGUCUCAACACUGGCAGCGGGCACUUUUUCUGUACAAAGACAUGUUGCAGUUUCAUCUCGAGGCAGCCGUGGAAGGAUAUGGCGGAGGAUCUCCUGGGGGCUCCCCCGGCAGCCGACGAAGCAGUGUCCUCGACGAAAGUUCAGAUGAGGAGGACCGGAUCAUCUAUUCGUUUCCAGGUGAGACAACGAGCAAACCUCUUCCAUUUGCUUCACAGUUUGGAAGUCCUUACAGGGAUCCUGCCACAGACUCCCGUUCACCUCAAGACAAAGAGUCCAAAAGUGAAAGUUCCAGUGGCAUCGCUGGCACCGGCCCCUUUGGAUUUGCCAACAAGCUCUUUGAUCUCCUUGGUUUCCAGUCUGAGGCCAAGCCAGCCAAGCCAGCUCGCGAGGAUGUCCUGCCAAUGGAUGAUGCCCUGCGCGCGUCAUUGGACAAAAUCAGUGACACUGUCAGGGAAUUGCUUACUCUGGCGAAGUCCUGUGGACAAGUUGCGAUUGUUACGCUAUCAAGACGACCAUGGGUAGCAAACUCUGCCAGCGAGUAUUUGCCAAAAUUGGGCAUAGAAGCCCUUCUGAAGGAGUUACGCAUUCCAGUGAUUUACUCUCGUGAGUGUGUCAAGCCCUACAUGAUGAGAAGUCCUGACGGCGCCUUUGAAGAAGGAGUUUGCCCAUUAACCAUGGCAAAAGAAUUGGCGAUGAAAGUCUUGAAAAAGCUCUACGGCAAAAACCCCUGGAAAAACGUCCUUUCGAUCGGAGAUUCAGUGACAGAACGAACAGCAAUUACUGAACUUUUGUGGGCUCACAUGGGAGAAGAUUCUCGUAGCUGCUGUAAGACACUGAAGAUGCUACAGGAUCCAACCAUAGAGCAGCUGCAAAUGGAGCUGAAUAUCAUCAAGGACGCUCUUCCGGAGAUGGCCAAACGUGGGGAGGAUUUUUCUUUGUGCAUCGAUGAGACAGGGCAGAAAGUCGCUGCGGCUGAGACAGGUCUGCGGAGUUUGUGA